GUUCAAUCUGAUCCAAGAUGUCUGCCGUGGCAUUGACACGUCGCGUUUUUGGUCAACAAAUAUCUAAUUUCGUCGGUUUAACGGUCUCGGUGUUGUCCCAGGCGCCAAGAAGGUACAAAUGGAAACUCGUGAAGCUACCGGAACCGGGCACCGGCAUAGCCUUCCGAAGAAUCGUCCAUUACAAGGACGAGUAUACGGUGGAGCCUUUAGAAGUUACGAAUCUAGCAGGCAGAGAUCCUGUCACAGGUAGACUAGUAGCCAAGGGUAUCGGGGGUGGCAUAAAGCACAAGUUUCAUUGGAUCAAGUGGAUCAGGGAUGGACCGAAGGACCUUAAUGAGCCGCCAAAGGAAGAGAAAGUCCUAGAGGUCUUUAAAGACGGUUGUAGAACGUCUUUUGUCGCGUUAGUCGGUACCGGUCGGGAACUCAAGUACAUUUUAGCUACGGAGAACAUGAAGCCGGGCGAUAUAAUACGUACCCAUCAGGGAAUACCGCGUAAUCCUGUGAGACCCUCGGAGGGAGACGCCUAUCCUCUCGGUGCUUUACCCACGGGAACCCCUGUUCAUUGCGUAGAGAAAUAUCCCGGACUGGGUGGGUUCCUCAUCCACGGUGCCGGUACCGUCGGAACAAUUGUGAAGCGAGACGGCGAUCGCGUGGUAGUACAAAUGCCCAGUAAGAAACUUUUUAGCUUGCACGAGGCGUGCAUGGCUACGGUUGGUCGACUAUCGAAUAUCGAGCACGAUUCCACGCCAAUUGGUAGCGCGGGAAAAAAUCGGGAAUUGGGAAAUCGACCGAGGAGCGGUCUCUGGCAACGCAAAACUGGUAGAUUCGGCCGUAAAAUCAAACCGCCUCCUCGCGUACAACGCGUUGGCGAUGAAAAAUCGGCACCUCCCAAUGUUCUUGUUUUGAAUAGUUGUCACAAUGCUUAAGCUAUCCCACGGAUAAAUUGCGGUUGUAGAUAUAUGCAGUGAAGGUUUAUAAUAAACGCUCGUUUCAAACAUUCAA